GAAGAGGACAAGAUUUCUGUGUUCAAGCAAAUUGGUAUAUUUCUCAUGGCCUGUUGCCACGGUUUUGUGGAAUGUAUCAUUGAAAUGAAGUGCAGUAGCGAGCUCACAAAGUAUGGCCUUGCUGUGAUCAAUUGGAUGUUUGACAUCUGUGGGAAAGACCAAGCUCUUGUCCAUGACAUUGGCUGUUUGUCAUACAAGACAGUUGCUGCUAGUUCCAUUGGUGCCAAGGCAGACAAGCACAGCCUUAUCAUUGCAGUCAAUGCAUUACAUGGGUAUGCUCACAACCGUCCAUGUCAGCCCGCAAAUCAUCCAUUGUAUCUGGAUAGCUUUGGGAUCAAGGACUUAGAGACCUGCGAACAGAUUUUUUCGAGUUCCAACAGUGCUGCUUCACUCAUCUGCCACUGUCAUAUUGUUAAGACUGUGCUCAGGGGUAAAGCGGAGUCUGAGGGGCUCGGCUUCAGCUCGUAUGCUGUGCCCCUUACCUGA